GCUCUCGCUCUCUCUCUGUCUUGUCUCUCCUCUCUGCCCCUCUUUAGAGAUCUCUCUGUUCCCCUUCGUUUUCUCCCUAAAUUUGGAAUUAAAGUUGCGUGUUAUGGAUUGUUGAUUUGUUCCUGGGUGUUUUUUUUGUAUUCGAGAGUUCUGGUCGUAUUGAACUCAAGCCCAAGUUGCUUCUUCAAUCUACCCUUGUGUCUGUGUUGACAGAUCUCUGUCGUUCCCUCUUUGUUUUUCCUUUAGGUUUGGAAUUAAAAGCUAUGUAAUUUGGGUUGAGUUCAUUCUCAUACGGUUGGAAUCACUGUUGGAUAUGUAUCCUAACAAGUGUAGGUCUUGUAAAAUCUGGCUGCCAAUGCAGUUGGACUCACUGUUUGUCAGCUCAUCCUCUUCCUCACUCUGUUUUGCUCAGUUCGAUUUUCUUUUUACGGAAAAAAAGGACAGGCACUUCCAAGAUUCAAUAAAUAUCAGUUUCUUGCAACAUAUUUGAGAUGCCGCAUGGCGCUGGAGCUACAAUUUUAUUGAGUUUUUGUGUUUCUUACUUUACUUUAAGGGGACUGGUGUGGAACAAUGGAUAUGUAUGAUAGAUGUAGGUUUUAGAUAUAAAAAUUGUUGUCCAUCCUCUUAGUAUAACUAAUUGAAAAGGGAAAGGUGACUGAAUUAUUUUCUUGUGAAGUUUUCAUUUUAUUCUUCUUUUCUCACUAUUAAGAUGCUUCAUUAGCUACCAAUCUUUCGAAGCUAUCAUUAUUUUGUAUUUGUAAAUGCUGGUGUGAAGGCUAUCAACCUCCUUUUUGUGUUCUGCUCGCUCUUGGAGAAAGUAGUCUUUACAUGGACUCCAUAAACAAUGUCAUAGGUUCUAAUAUCGGAGAAGGAAGAACCCGAGGAAGCAUUAUCCCCUGCGAUGGAUGUUGUAAUAAGAGUGUUCAAAUGCGUUAGUGGACUUGAAGCUGAUGGCAACUUACAUGGGGCUGCAUUUGCUGGGGUUACAUUCUGCUCUAUCAGACUACUUGUAGCAUCAACACAAGUUGUGAACAUAAUAAGAAAACAAGGGUCUUUAAUCAAGCCUAUCCAGCAAACAACUGGUGCCUCCAUUCGAGUUCUUUCAGAUGGCAGAAUGUUCCAUGGAUCACAAGUUAUGGAGAUUUCAUGGCAUAUUGACGAUGCAUUGUUGCGAGAAUGGUCAAGUUGUAGAUUGUGUUUGGAUUGAAAAAAUUAAGGGAAAUCUUGCUACAUCCAACAUAUCAAACAUCACCUAGGUGGACUUGAAGGUGGGUAAGAACAACAAGGAUAUAAAAUUUGAAGAACAAACAAGAAGCCAAGAUUGGGAAAAAUUGUGGACUUAGGUGGUUGAGAACAACAAGGGUACAGAUUUUGUUGCAGAAGAAGAGGAGCCAAAGGUACAUCAUAUAGAUUCAGGGGAGACUUUUUUUUGGAGAAAAUAGCAUAGACAAUGAAGUCUGCUCGCCAAGAUUAUAUUUACUAUCAAGGGGGAAGUAAAGAAAAUCGUGCAAUCUGAAGACUGGAAAUCUAGAGAUGAUAAGAGUAGAAGUAGGAGGCUGAGUGAUCUGUUUCAGAAAGCAGAGACUCCAUUCUUGACAAGAUCAACAGAAAAAAUGAUGGAUGGGCAGAUUGCAAGUACUGCACAAGCUGGCAUCUCUACUAGCUUUGUCUGCUAAGAUCUUUAAAGUUAUUUCUGAUUCACCAGCUGCCAGUUUUAAACGUUUAAAGAGAGAGAAGAUGUUAGCUGUGUUGCUAUUCUUUGUUCUUUCGUUCCUCGCUCUGGUUGAUUCCAACUGCUCUCGGUUUCAGGAAUGGUGGAGUCCUGAUGCAAUCACAUAUGAUUUUAACAUGCAAAUUGCCAUUCAUUUUGUGAGACAGGCUCAAUCUCUUAAUCAACGAUGUACUCGGGGCUUUCUAUUGCUACAGGGUCUAACAAUUGGUAGGCUUCCAACUUUUACUGAUCUAGGUAAAAGCUUUGGUAGACCAGCUGUCAUUGAAGAUAAUUUGGUAUAUCAGAUGGCUAAGAAGGGUAAGUGAGUCGUGAUGAUGGGGGAACCUACAUUUUGAUGUAUCUCAUCAAUUGUCUCAUGUAAUGCUGGAGACUUCAACACGGAUCCGUUUUGUAUUAAUAUCGUAUUUGAACAUAUAUACUUUUUUCUCAAGAAUUGUAUACUAAGGACCGACUCUUUAAAUUUAGCGAACUGUACCAUGCUCUAUAAUGGUUUCUUGCUGCUAACUUUAUUAUAGUAAAACGUUCUGGAGUUGGUUUACUUGAA